AUGGCUGCAUCCAUGAUGAAUUCACUCACAAAGUUGGGCAUCUUGAACCACGACAAGAUGCCCAACAUGACCACGGGGACCAAUGGCACCGCCGCCGCCGGCCUCAUGGACACCCUCCUCGCAUCCGCAAGUCAGGCGUCGCCGGUCCUGCAGCUCGUUCUAUUCGUUUACCGUCUGCUCGGCCUGCCCUUUGGGCUCGACCCCUCCAUCCUCCUGACCGUCGCCGGGACGCUCUGGGCCGCCCAGUACGCCAUCUUCCAGGUAUACCACUACAUCGAGGGCAUCGUCGAGAAACACCUGAUGUGUAGUAUAACGGUGAACGAUAACGAUAGCAUCUAUCAUCACCUCAUGGAGUGGCUGAGCAAGCAGCCCAGUCUCAAUAACAACCGCUACCUCAUGGCCCAGACUGUGUGGAAGAGCGCGUGGGAGGAGGAUGAGGAGGAUGACGAGAACGGGGUCGAGUCUCACUUGUUCUGGACUGAUGGUGGGCAGGGCGAUGGGGGCAAGUAUCUCAACUUUUCCAACCAGGCUGCGAGAUCGGUUCCUCGAUAUGUACCAGCUCUUGGAACCACUGGUUUCUGGCACAAGGGAACUCGCUUUAGGGUUUACCGCAGAAAAGAGUCAUUCGUCAACACCUCUGGCUGGAGCGCCAUGAAGGAUCAGGAAGAAAUUAAAAUCUCAUCUUUUGGACGGUCAAUUGCCCCCAUCAAGCUGUUACUGGCAGAGGCCAAGAUCCACUACUACCAUGAUACUCACCAGAAGACGACCAUCUACCGCCCUAGACAGAAGGAACAGCGUCGCGACUAUAGCAUGUGGCAGCAGGUUGCUCGCCGCCCUGUCAGACCCAUGAGUACUGUCGUCCUGGACUCCGAGGAGAAGCACAACGUACUGGGGGACAUCAACGAAUAUCUGCAUCCCCGCACACCUAGAUGGUACGCCUCGCGUGGUAUUCCCCUUCGCCGCGGCUACCUGUUCCACGGUCCUCCUGGUACUGGAAAGACGAGCUUCUCAUUCGCGCUUGCCGGCGUUUUUGGUAUCGACAUUUAUGUCAUUAGUCUUCAGGAUAUCAGUGUGACUGAAGAGGACUUGGCUACUCUCUUUACGAGGCUUCCGAGGCGCUGUAUUGUUCUUCUGGAGGAUAUUGACACUGCUGGACUUCGUCGGGAUCCCGAUGCAGAGGAAGAAGAAGAAGCAAAGGAAAAGGACGUUAAAGCAAUAGAGGAAAAGCCAACAGAGAAUGGCGUCAAGGAAACAGCAACCUCUGAGAAACCGGUUGCAAAUGGCACAUCAGAAACUCCCAAGGUCAACGGAACAACCGAGAAGAAAAAGCCCAAGAAGAAAGCAAAGAAGGUCGCGGAGUCCGAGUCGGAAUCGGACUCGAGCUCCGAUGAAAGUGACAGCGACAGCGAGAAGCGCAAGAAGAAGCGGUCUUCCAAGAAGAGUAGCUCAAAGAAGGACAGCAGGAAGAGAAGUUCAGGCAAGAGGGGCGAUAAGCUCUCACCCCCCGAAAGUAUUUCUCUCUCCGGCCUCCUCAACGCCAUUGACGGCGUUGCUUCUCACGAAGGCCGCGUCCUUAUCAUGACUACCAACAAGCCUGAAUCCCUGGAUGAGGCGCUGGUGCGACCGGGCCGUGUGGAUAUGCAAGUCGCCUUCAGCCACGCCUCGCGCCAGCAGGCCUGCGAGCUUUUCCACAGGAUGUACGAGGCCCGCUGGAAGCAGCCCCAUCAGAUUCAGGCGCCUAAUAACAGCAUUCUUCCCGCUUCUUUGGUCACACAAGAUGCAAAGAAGCAGGAAGGGAAGCUGAUUCUCCCCGGUCAAACCAGCGAUGAGAAGCCAAUGACCCCCGAGGAGUUGAAGGAGAUUUCCAAGGAGUUCGGCAACAUCAUCCCCGAGGGCGUCUUUUCUCCCGCAGAAAUCCAAGGCUUCCUACUAAAGAGGAAGGCCAGCCCGCGCAAGGCCAUUGCCGAUGCUCAUGGGUGGAUUGAGGCGACUAUAAAACAGAAGGAAGCCAAAUCCAAGGUUUCGACUGUCCAGUAG